AUGGAAGCUGCUGCCACUGCACUGUCACUCGCCGCAACGGCGGCCACCACUUUUGUCGCUGUGACUUCCCCGCCGAGUCUAUCAUCAUCUCCAGGCACCUCCGCAUCGCCGUUGCCCACAACGUACAUGCUGUACUACCAUGGGGCUGCUCCAUCAGGCCAAGAUCCAAACGAGGAUGAUGGGGAGUGUAAACUCCUUGGGCCUUUCUCUCUGCUCGUCCAGGCAGCUCUGGGAGCACUGGCGCUGCUAUCGUUGGUAUACAAGCGAUGGAGGGAACGGCCCCAGCGACCACUGAAAGUGUGGGCAUUUGAUGCGUCAAAACAAGUGUUUGGAUCAGGGAUGCUUCAUCUUGCGAAUCUCUUAAUGUCCAUGUUCUCGGCGGGCGAAUUCGAGAUCAGAAAUAUGUACAAGCCGAACCCUUGCUCUUUCUACUUGCUGAAUCUUGGAAUCGACACAACCCUCGGCGUCCCAAUCCUGAUCCUGAUCCUCCGAACUCUAAACUACCUAGCCUCUUAUACGCCCCUCGCCAACCCACCCGAAUCCAUCGAAUCAGGAAACUACGGCCACCCACCCCGAGCCCUAUGGUGGCUCAAGCAAUCAAUGAUAUACUUCAUCAGCCUCCUUGGCAUGAAAGUCUGCGUCUUCUUCCUGAUCGAGGUAUUCCCUUUCAUCGUCAAAGUCGGUGACUGGGCCCUGGGCUGGACAGAGGGAAACACCGCAAUCCAAAUCGCCUUCGUCAUGCUGCUCUUCCCCGUCAUCAUGAACGCCAUCCAGUACUACAUCAUCGACCACUUCAUCAAGAAACCCCUCUCCUACGACCUCUACACGGAACCAGACACGAUCGAGAACGAUGAGGACAUCCAGCGGCGCGAAGCUCUCCUGAACGGGCUGGACGAGGCAUACUCUACUGACUCCGACGGCGACGAAACAGAUGGCAAAUCGUCAGUCUCAAUCUCUCAACCAAAGGCUACUGCAAAUGCGCUUCAAGAAGCAGAGGAUGUCCUUACGGAUGACUUUUCCCCAGUCCCGCCCUACGAACCGCCAAGCUCUAGUAGCAGCCGCAACGAACAUGAACGCAAUAUGUGA